ACAGGAAUCUGUAACCAAAACGUCGUAAUGUACAAGGUUGCCAACAAACGCAUGUAAAGUUAGCACGAUCAAUAUACCUAGCUAACGAAUAGGCUUCAACUCACCACGUAACUCAUUCUUAAUGUUUGUCCAUAGGCAUGAAGACAUAAUAAACGUGGUGAGUGAAAAACGUAAUGAAAUAGCCCACUCCCUACCCGGUAUCUUAUUCGCCCUUUAUACACCUUUGUAUGCGUUGUUUGUUGGCAACCUUGUUAUUUACGACGUUUUAGGAACCUAUUCCUGUUGAAAUGUUCCACAAAUUAUACCCACCCGAUUGAGUCUGACUAACGCUUCACACAGCAUAGUUCUGAGCAGGGCUGGCUCCAGGCAUAAGCAGUGACUUUGGGCAGGGCUUUCCAAAUUUGCUUUCCAAAUUUGUUAACCUAACAUGCUGACCAGACCGGACAAGUCGCGUGCGCGAGCGUCACAAAAUACAUUUAGAAAUCUAUGUUAUUCAAUUAUUGCGCCAACGAGCGUCUGCCAUGCCAAGGGCUAAAAUUGAACUAUUUUCUAUUCUAUUUCUGACCCAGAUCGCACUGAAAGUCCUGCCUCUCCCAUCUUGUUAUUGGUUUAUAGAAGCAGGUACCCACGUGCCAUCUCCUCAUUGGUUAUACCCAGUGGGUGAUUGAAAGACGAACUGUUUUGCCGCUCGUCGUGGUAAUACUAUGAAAGUUUAGAUGCAUCACCAUAUAAGUUCAAAUAUGAAAAAGCCUGGAAGGAGGAACGAUGACUAGAAAUGAUUCGGUGGGCCGUUUUAUGUGUGGAUUUAUUGUCGGAGUAGAAGACCUUGUGCAUUUCAGGGUUGGUAGCAGUGGCCCAGUCAGUUGGCGUGACUCUGCUGGCACCCAGGAAAAAGAUCACGGUCAUGUUGAUGGGCAACCACUCUGCCGGCAAGAGCUCCUUCAUCAACUGGUAUGUGGAGGAGCACAUCCAGCGCACAGGAGUGGCCAUUGAGACGCAAGGCUUCAGCUUUGUUACUAGUGGCCGCAAGAGAGAGUCUCUCACAGGAAAUGCCACGCUGCACCUUUACCCACACUUCAAACCGCUACACGAGAUCAAGGGUGUGUCUGAGUACCUGGGCACUGAGAUCUGCACCUCGCGGCAGAAACGCUUCAGCCUAGUGACGUUUGUGGACUCUCCUGGCCUGGUGGACGGGGACAUGAAGUACCCCUUCGAUGUGGACCAGGCCAUCAUGUGGCUGGGCGAGCUGUGUGACCUCAUCCUGGUGUUCUUUGACCCCAUGGGCCAGGCGCUGUGCAAGCGCACCCUCAACAUCGUGGAGAAGCUCAACGAGAAGCACGGUGACCGCCUGCGCUUGUACCUCAGCAAGGCCGACGAGGCCGGGGGAGAGUCGGACAGACAGAGGGUGAUGAUGCAGAUAGUCCAGGAGCUGUGCAAGAGGCCGGGACUCAACAAGUGUGGCUUUGAUAUGCCUACCAUCUAUGUUCCCAACCCCAACAAGCCCAGUCGCUGUGUGAACCAGAUUGAGGAGGCAUGUCGCACCAUCGAGAAGACCAUCAACCAGACAGUCCAGAACACACUCAACUCACUAGAGAAGGACUGUGAGCUUAUCACUGAGGCCAUUGCAGAUACACUCAGCCAAGACAGGCAGACUAGUGUAGAUAACCGGCGGGCGCGCUGUAAGGGCUGUUUGUUGGCUCUUCUGGGCUUCAGUGUCCCCUUCAUGCUGAUGGCAGCCCUGGUGCUGGGCAGCUUCUCCAAAGAGCUGCUAGAGAUGGCCGUGGGGGAUGACGGCAUUGAGGCCCUCUCUCUCUACCUGGCUCCUGUAGUGAGAGUGUUUGUCUCCAUGUCCGUGGAGUACCAGCUCUACAGUUGUGGCGGACUCAUCUUCCUCUCCUUCCUACUCCUCAUCCUUGCCCGCUUCUCCUUCAGGACUCAGCCCACUCUCUCUGGCCGACAGAAGAGGCAGCUACAGGAAAAGAUGGAUUAUGUGCAGGAGGUGGUGAAGACAAAGAAGAAGAAGCUCUAUGAGGAAUACCUUCGCCAGAGUGUGGGUGAUCAAGAUAUGGACUGAAAGAAAAUGGAGGAAACCACUAACAUUCCUACUGUAGAGGACCAAAUGUAAUGUAGGGUUUAAACUGUUCAGGCUUUAUAUUCCUGGCCAUGCCUUAUGGUGCAUUCAUGACAAUUCUGAAACUCAAGAGUUAAAAUGAACAUAAGUUAUUUGUGUAGAGCAGGGCUGUUCAAUGUCAGUCAUGGAGGGCCAAAGCACUUCUGGUUUUCAUCCUUCUAAUCAGAGACUGAUUCAGACCUGGGACACCAGGUGAGUGCAAUUAACUACCAGGUAGAAACAAAAAAGAAACAAAAAAGGGUUUCGGCUCUCCAGGACUGUAAUUGAACGGCCCUGGCGUACAGCUUCCUAUUGGUUGAUUCUGAUUCAUUCCAAGUGGGAAAACUCUGGCCUCCUCUUUCUACAACGAAUGUCCAAGUAGAGAAUGUCUGAAUUUCUGCGUUGUCUUGAACGCACCAUUUACGUGUCCCUCCGGAGUACGCAGGGCGACAUGGGAAAUGUAAUCCUUGUCCAAGUGUUGUCAGUCCAAUAUCUGUUCAUUCAUGUAGUUGUAAACCAUAGAUCGCCUCAAUUUCUAAUAUGAGCAUUCAGAACCUAACUCUGGCAUGCACUGUAAUAUUCAUUUCUCAAUAUUUUUCACUACCAUGUUACCUGAGAGGUAGAUUUUAAAAACAACAAACAUCAUGGGACCUGUAUUUUUGUAUGAGAUUAGAUACGGUUUACAAACUACAUUAUGAAUUGAACAAAGCAUUUAUAUACGUUUUUACAAUGUUUGGUAUCCACAGUUGUGCCUGUUUGCUACUCCAGGCUUCAACAUCUGACUCAGACAAACACCUAUGCUGCAAUAAACCAAUAAUAAUAUGAGGAUCAUGGUACCUGUACAAGGUGAACUCUCAGCAUUAAAUUACUUAUGCGAUACUA